AUGUCGAAACGUGGGAAAGGUUUCUUUGGACGGCGAAGUGUUUUAAUUCGAUCCAAAGAUUCGCUGUUAACGGAACCCCUUCUAUUGGACAUCGACGGUAUCGUUGUGCCCCCGGAAAACCCCCCGUUGGCAUCGGAAGCGACUCAAAAGUAUCUUGGGAUCAUUUCGAUGAUCGACCCCUCCCUUGACUUGUCGUCAUUGACAAAACUUCGUGCUGUGACGCUUCCGGCGACUCCGUGUCAUAAUACGGAACUUGAUAACAUUAACUAUGACUUAAUAUUAUAUACAGACCAAAUUAUUGGAUCGGAGAAUUCAGACCAUCCGGAAGACUCGAAGAUUAAACAAUCGAGAUAUAAAGUAGUCGCUAUGUUAGGCCAAGGCUCUUUCGGACAAGUUUUAAAAUGUGUUGAUUUAAGUAAUGGAACAUUUGUUGCAUUAAAAGUGUUAAGAAAUCGUUCGGCGUAUUUUAGACAAGGAAUGCUUGAGAUCGCAAUUUUGGAAUUGUUAAAUGAUAAAUUCGAUAAAGACGGAAAGGGAAAUACUCUGAGAUUGAUCGAUCACUUCAUUUAUCAUAAUCAUAUUUGUAUAGUAACUGAAAUGCUUGGAAUUAAUAUUUACGAAUUAAUGAACCAAAAUGGGUGCAGAGGUUUUGGCGUUAAUGUUGCAAGAACUUUUUUACAACAAAUACUACAAACUUUAAUUGUUUUAUAUAAAUCGAAUAUCAUUCAUUGUGAUUUGAAGCCUGAGAAUGUUUUACUUGUGGACUUCACGAAACAGAUACGAGUGAUAGACUUUGGGAGUGCGUGUUUUGAGAACAGCACGUUGUACACGUACAUCCAAUCGCGCCAUUACCGUGCGCCAGAAGUGAUACUUGGGCUUCCAUAUUCGAGUGCGAUUGACAUGUGGAGUCUUGGUUGUAUUGCUGCCGAGUUCUUCAUUGGAAUCCCAUUAUUUCCUGGGAGUAGUGAAUACAACCAAAUCUACAAGAUCAUUCGGAUGAUUGGCAUUCCACCAAGUGCGUUACUUGAGAAAGGGACCAAAACAGACAAUUUCUUUAAUAAAUUGAAAGGUGCAAAUGGAAAGACUUUAUAUGAACUCAAAACCAAAGAACAAUAUGAGAGAGACAACAACGUGAAUAUCGAAUCGAAUCGGGAUUACUUUGAUUAUGGGUCUUUAGAAGAUUUUUGUAUGCGAGUACCAUUUCGAGUUGGAGCACGCGAUGAAUCUCGAAAGGAUGAGAUCAGAGCCGCAUUCUACGACUUUUUAGGGAAAGUAUUAGUCUGGGAUCCAUUUCUUCGAAUGCGACCAUCACAAGCUAUUAAUCAUCCGUUCAUUACUAAACGGCCAUUUAAUGGUGUAUUUGUCCCCGAACGAAACGUUUCGCCACUUCGAACGUAUCCGACGCAUGAAACUCCAUCACUUGAAGAUGUCAUCUUACAAAUAUGUCCGGAGUUAACAAGUCGAAGUGAGUUAUUUGGUCCCGCUCGAUAUUAUGAAGUUUAUUUGAAAGCGUUUGAUAAGGGGAUUAUACUUAAUAUUCAAAAUCCGAAUCCAUUUGCUUUGCCUUUAAUGACUCCCCCUUCAUUACUUCAACUCAAUGUACUUGCAAUUAAAGAAGAUGAAAUCGAAGACGUCCGCAAAUUGACAAAAUCAGUCGAUAUCACAUUACAAGGAAGUUUAACAGACUCCCCGUCGUUGGAUCCAAUCGUCCACCACGACAGAAUCGAUAAGAACCAACGACCGGAGAGUGUCGAUAACAAUGGUAUUGCACCAAUUAGUGUCCCAAAAAAGAGAAACGUCUUUGGAAGGUCUGACAGAGACUCGUGGAGUAAAACUACAGAGAUGAAGUUGCCUGAAAGUGAUGCAGAUAUGGCGACUUCGGUGGUCGGCAACCCAUCGUCUCAUGAUACUAAUAUUAAUAGUAAAAAUACUAUAAAAGUGAAUACUAUAGAAGACAGUGAGACUCUCAAAAGUGAGAAGGGGAAGAAGGUCAGACCCCCAUCACAGCUGCUCACUGUUGUUGAUUUAGCCCCAGUCGAGACUCAAUGA